CUGGUUCGAUCCCCUGCCCAUCUGUCUCAGUUGUUGUGUCCUUGGGCAAGACACUUAACUAUUAUUAUUAUUACUAUUAUACUGUUAACUAUUAUGAGUUGAAAGACUCGUUUAUCCAUUAAUUUCAUUUUGUUGUUGAGUCACUGAGCCUGCAGCAGCUGUGCCUGACAGUCCGAGCUGAGGGAGAAAAGCAGCUCUGACCGAUCUGAGCUGCAGGAGGACUCUCCUGUCAGUGGAAGGUUAGAGGACCGGCUCUGCUGCAUGACUGGACCUGUGGGACAGAUCUGAUGAGCUACAAGCUGCAGGACACAGACAACACUCAGAUGAACUCCUCAGCUCAUCCUGAAGCAGAKGGACCAGGCAGGACCAGGACCAGGACCAGGACCAGGACCUUGGCUCUGACUGUGUGCUCUGCUGCCAUAGGAGGCACGUUCCAGUACGGCUACAACAUCUCCAUCAUCAACGCUCCCACCAGCUACAUCCAGAGCUUCAUCAACCACACGUACGUGGAGCGCUGGGGCAGCGCUCUGGACCCGUCUCAGGUGACCCUGCUGUGGACCCUCAUCGUGUCGGCCUUCUCUCUGGGUGGGCUGCUGGGGGCUCUGUUAGCAGGGCCCAUGGCGGUGCGCUUCGGCAGGAAGCAGUCCCUGCUUGUGAACAACUCCUUCCUGUUGGUGGGGGCUGCUCUGGUGCUGAGCUGCAGGCUGGCCCGGGCCUUUGAGCUGAUCGUGGUGUCCAGGUUCCUGGUGGGGGUCAACGCGGGGGUCAGCAUGAACGUGCAGCCCAUGUACUUUGGAGAGAGCGCUCCGAAGCACCUGAGAGGGGCCGUGGCCUUUUCCUCGGCAGUCUUCACUGCCUUUGGGAUCUUCUUUGGCCAGGUUGUGGGCCUGACUGAGCUGCUGGGAUCAGAACCUCUCUGGCCCUACCUUCUAGCUAGUAACGCUGUGGCGGGCCUGGUCCAGCUGCUGACGCUCCCCUGGUUCCCUGAAAGCCCCAGGUAUCUCCUCAUGGACCGGGGGGACAGGGAAGCCUGUGUCCAGGCYCUGACACGGCUCCGUGGAGGACAGCUUCCUGCCCUGGAGCUGGAGGAGAUGCUUCAGGAGCAGCAGCAGAUGUGUGCUGCAGUCAAAUGUGGUGCUGUAGCGCCUGCAAAGACCCCCUGGUCACUGUUGAAGGAUGGGGACCUACGGUACCAGCUGAAGACCAUCAUGGUUUCCAGCAGUGCCAUGAUGCUCUGCGGCAAUGACUCCAUCUACUUCUACGCCUCGUACAUCUUUCAGGAGGCAGGGGUUCCUCAGGACCAGAUCCAGUACGUGACCAUGGGGACCGGAGCGUCAGAACUCACCGCUGCCAUCCUCAGUAACCUUCUGAUUGAGCGUGUGGGCCGCAGGUGUCUCCUCAUUGGGGGGUACAGUCUGAUGAUAUGUUGGACUGUAGUGUUCACUGUGAGUCUGAUCCUGCAGAGCCACAGGGUGCCAGGGAUGCCCUUCCUCAGCAUGGYCUGUGUGUUCGCCUACAUCCUGAGCUUCGGCCUGGGCCCUGCAGGGGUCACAGGGAUCCUGCCCGCUGAGAUCUUUGACCAGGCAGCUCGACCAGCCGCCUACAUGAUCGCUGGCUCCCUGAUGUGGCUCAGCCUGUUCCUGGUGGGCAUGCUGUUCCCCUUCAUCGUCAGCGGUCUGGGAAACUACUGCUUCUUACCUUUCUUGGUGGUUUGCUUGGUCUCUGCUGUGGUUUUAGGUCUGAUUCUACCAGAGACAAAAGGUAAGACUCUGGCUCAGAUCACAGCAGAGUUUGACCGAUCCAAUGGGACGACWCGGUYGGAACGGUUUGAUGAACCUGAUCAGGAUCAACAAGGCCAGGCAUGUUCCCUUACUACCACUGCACAUGGUCCUGAGCCAGUCCACAACCAUGGACACUGACCUUAGACUUCCAGGGAAACCACAGGAUCUUUAUGCACAUUACAUCUUCUAAAUCUUAAACGAUCCAGGAUUAGUUGUAACAUUAGACUUUAUUUAAUAAACAUAUAUUUUAACUGUUAAAUAAAGUCUAAUGUUACAACUAAUCAUGAUCCCUUUAAUGCCAUCAUGGAAAGAUGGCCUCAUUUUAAUGCAAUGAGUAAUUAAAUUAUCUAAAACCACCAUUAUUGGAAAUGAAUCUUCUGCUUCAUGUUUACCACACACAGCGUUGACCUGCUGACGUUAGUAUAUAACUUUAAUCAGAGACACUGGAAGGGCCAGUUCUGCUAGCUGAGAAUCUGUGGCUGACAUCUUGCUAGGUGCUACACAUCACUUUGUUUACAUGACCUACGUCUGGUUAGCAUUUAGAAAGUCAUAGUUGUCAACUGUCCAGCUGGUCUUUACAAAAUACAUCUGUACCCAUGACACAAGUUUAUAUUUAAACUACUACAGGUCCUGUGGUUGAAGCAGUAACACACGCAGAGCAUCCACUCAUUUGUGUCUAAAAGCAUCAYAGGACAGUAAAAUGGACAGUUUGAUAAUUCAACUUACAUAAAGAAAACACCUGUAAGUUUCUACAGUACACAAUAACAAUGAAUGUACAUAUUAUUUGUCAAASCCAAAUACCUUGUAUGUGCAGUAUGUUGUCAUCAGUCCAAAAAUACUUGGAAAUUUCCUUAUUUUACUUGAGCAAAUACACACAGCACACAUGUUGUGAUCCUGUAUAAAGCUCCCAACAGGUCAGUGAAGCUUUAAAGACCUGGUGUGUUUUUCAUGUCUGCCUUCUCUAACCACAGCUCUGCAGGUAAUUUCACUGAAACAUAUAACUUACAUGAUGUCACCCUCCAUGAUUCUGGAAACAUCUGGAUAACCCCAGUUUACAGACAUCACUGGGUUUGGAUUCCCAGUUCAUACACACGUUACACAUAAAACAGGUCAAGUGUUCUGGUGARUUACUGGCUGUUUGGGACAGAUUUUUAUUGGUACUGAUUUAUCUGUCAGUACCUGCUUUUAAAGUAAUUAUAACAGCCUCAUCUGGUGUAAUAACAGGGAAUUAGAYGAAUAUUUUCAAAGAAGAAACUGAACAUAAUCAUGCAUUUUUUGAAGUUUAAUUUCUUAUUUAAAACCAAUGAAUGGUAAAACUGGUCUGAGUUUAAAUAUUUAUACUAAGAUAYUUUUAGUCAUACUGAGUAACACAGAAAUAACAGCUUGAGUACUAUUCCAUCAUUGAUCGGCCUUUCCUGUGUGUUUUCUGUUGUUACUGAGUCACUGACAAACAUUUCUAUUAACUAAUGUCUGAAAGGUGAGUGUAGCUCAGCUGUUCUCAGUCAGAACUGCAGUAAACAUGUGUGAUGAUGCAACCAAACACAGUCCUUUCAGCCUAACAAACUAACUCAGGUGUGUGUGUGUGUGUGUGUGUGUGUGUGUGUGUGUGUGUGUGUGUGUGUGUGU